ACCUGUUUUUUUUUCCAUAGCUCAAGAUGGCACAGAGGAGUGGGCAGGAGGACCCGGAGCGGUACCUGUUUGUGGACCGGGCAGUGGUGUACAACCCGGCCACUCAGGCCGACUGGACCGCCAAGAAGCUGGUGUGGAUCCCGUCGGAGCGGCAUGGCUUCGAGGUGGCCAGCAUCCGCGAGGAGCGCGGGGACGAGGUGGUGGUGGAGCUGGCGGAGAAUGGCAAGAAGGCCAUGGUUAACAAGGACGACAUCCAGAAAAUGAACCCACCCAAGUUCAGCAAGGUGGAGGACAUGGCUGAGCUCACCUGCCUGAACGAGGCCUCCGUGCUGCACAACCUGAAGGACCGUUACUACUCUGGGCUGAUAUACACUUACUCUGGACUUUUCUGCGUGGUGAUAAAUCCCUACAAGAAUCUCCCAAUUUACUCGGAUAACAUCAUUGAAAUGUACAGGGGGAAGAAGCGACACGAGAUGCCACCCCACAUCUACGCUAUCUCUGAAUCAGCCUACAGGUGCAUGCUUCAAGAUCGCGAGGACCAAUCAAUUCUUUGCACAGGGGAAUCUGGUGCCGGAAAGACAGAGAACACCAAAAAAGUCAUUCAGUACCUGGCUCACGUUGCCUCCUCCCACAAAGGAAGAAAAGACCACAACAUUCCUCUCGAAUCUCCUAAACCAGUGAAACUACAGAGUGGAUCCCUGUUGUAUGGCGAAUUAGAACGUCAGCUGCUGCAAGCCAACCCCAUUCUGGAGUCCUUUGGAAACGGCAAGACUGUAAAGAAUGACAACUCUUCACGUUUUGGCAAGUUCAUCAGAAUCAACUUUGACGUCACUGGUUACAUAGUAGGGGCCAACAUUGAGACCUACCUGCUGGAGAAGUCCCGCGCCAUUCGCCAGGCCAAAGAUGAGAGAACCUUCCACAUCUUCUACCAGCUUCUUGCUGGGGCCGGUGAACACCUGAAAUCUGACCUGCUGCUGGAAGGGUUUAACAAUUACCGCUUCCUGUCCAACGGAAACAUCCCCAUCCCGGGACAGCAGGACAAAGACAACUUCCAGGAGACCAUGGAUGCCAUGAACAUCAUGAGCUUCAACCACGACGAGAUCCUGGCUAUGCUGAAGGUGGUGUCUUCUGUACUGCAGUUCGGUAACAUUGUCUUCAAGAAGGAAAGGAACACAGACCAGGCCUCCAUGCCUGAGAACACAGCUGCCCAGAAGCUGUGUCACCUGCUAGGACUUAAUGUCAUGGAGUUCACCCGCGCUAUUCUGUCCCCGCGUAUCAAGGUCGGACGAGACUAUGUACAGAAAGCACAGACGAAAGAGCAGGCUGACUUCGCAGUGGAGGCUCUAGCAAAGGCCACCUACGAGCGUCUGUUCCGCUGGCUGGUUCACCGCAUCAACAAAGCCCUGGACAGGACCAAGCGGCAGGGAGCCUCCUUCAUCGGCAUCCUGGAUAUCGCCGGCUUCGAGAUCUUCGAGCUCAACUCCUUCGAGCAGCUCUGCAUCAACUACACCAACGAGAAGCUGCAGCAGCUCUUCAACCACACCAUGUUCAUCCUGGAGCAGGAGGAGUACCAGCGAGAGGGCAUAGAAUGGAACUUCAUCGACUUCGGGCUGGACCUGCAGCCCUGCAUCGACCUGAUUGAGAGACCGGCGCACCCUCCUGGCGUGCUGGCACUACUGGAUGAAGAGUGCUGGUUCCCCAAAGCCACCGAUAAAACCUUUGUAGAGAAGCUGGUCCAGGAGCAGGGCACUCACCCCAAAUUCCAGAAACCUAGACAGCUGAAAGACAAGGCGGACUUCUGCAUCAUGCACUACGCUGGCAGGGUGGAUUACAAAGCUGAUGAAUGGCUGUUGAAGAACAUGGAUCCCCUCAAUGACAAUGUAGCCACACUCCUGCACCAGUCCUCGGACAAGUUUGUUGCAGAACUGUGGAAAGAUGUGGACCGCAUUGUCGGUUUGGACCAGGUGGCAGGCAUGAACGAGACUGCUUUCGGCUCUUCCUACAAGACCAAAAAGGGGAUGUUCCGCACAGUGGGGCAGCUGUACAAGGAGUCUCUCACCAAGCUCAUGGCUACACUCCGCAACACCAACCCCAACUUCGUCAGGUGCAUCAUUCCUAACCACGAAAAGAGGGCUGGAAAGCUGGACCCUCAUCUUGUACUCGACCAGCUGCGUUGUAACGGGGUGUUAGAAGGAAUCCGAAUCUGUCGCCAAGGAUUCCCCAACAGGAUUGUCUUUCAGGAGUUCAGGCAGAGAUAUGAGAUUCUCACUCCUAACGCAAUUCCUAAAGGGUUCAUGGAUGGCAAGCAGGCCUGUGAGCGAAUGAUCCGCGCCCUGGAGCUGGACCUGAACCUGUUCCGGAUCGGACAGAGUAAGAUCUUCUUUCGGGCCGGAGUCCUGGCCCACUUGGAGGAGGAGCGGGACCUCAAGAUCACUGACAUCAUCAUCUACUUCCAGGCAGUCUGCAGGGGAUACCUGGCCAGGAAGGCCUUCGCUAAGAAGCAGCAGCAGCUCAGCGCUCUGAAAGUGCUGCAGAGGAACUGUGCUGCUUACCUCAAACUGCGCCACUGGCAAUGGUGGAGACUGUUCACCAAGGUGAAGCCGCUGCUCCAGGUGACCCGCCAGGAAGAGGAGAUGCUGGCCAAGGACGAGGAGCUGGUCAAGGUGAAGGAGAAGCAAAGCAAGGUGGAGGGGGAAAUGUUGGAGAUGGAGAGGAAACACCAACAGCUGCUAGAGGAGAAGAACAUCCUGGCGGAGCAGCUGCAGGCAGAGACGGAGCUGUUCGCAGAGGCGGAGGAGAUGCGGGCGCGCCUGGCAGCCAAGAAGCAGGAGCUGGAGGAGAUCCUGCACGACCUGGAGUCCCGGGUGGAGGAGGAAGAGGAGCGCAACCAGGGUCUGCAAAACGAGAAGAAGAAGAUGCAGACUCACAUCCAAGACCUGGAGGAGCAGCUUGACGAGGAGGAAGCAGCCAGGCAGAAGCUGCAGCUGGAGAAAGUGACGGCCGAGGCCAAAAUCAAGAAGAUGGAGGAGGACAUUCUCCUGCUGGAGGACCAAAAUUCCAAGUUCAUAAAGGAGAAGAAGCUGCAGGAGGACCGAGUGGCUGAGAUUACAUCUCAUCUGGCAGAGGAGGAAGAGAAGGCCAAGAACCUGACCAAGCUGAAGAACAAGCAGGAGAUGAUGAUCGUAGAUUUGGAAGAGCGGCUGAAGAAGGAGGAGAAGACCAGGCAGGAGCUGGACAAGGCCAAGCGCAAGCUGGACGGGGAGACGACAGAUCUGCAGGACCAGAUCGCAGAGCUGCAGGCGCAGAUAGAGGAGCUGAAGCUGCAGCUGGCCAAGAAAGAAGAGGAGCUGCAGGCUGCCCUGGCCAGGGGCGAUGAGGAGGUGGCCUAUAAGAACAACACCCUGAAGCAGGUGCGGGAGCUGCAGGCCCAGAUUGCUGAGCUGCAGGAAGAUCUGGAGUCGGAGAAAGCCUCCCGCAACAAGGCAGAGAAGCUCAAGAGAGACCUGAGCGAGGAGCUGGAGGCACUCAAGACUGAGCUGGAGGACACCCUAGAUACCACCGCAGCCCAGCAGGAGCUCAGGACCAAGCGAGAGCAGGAGGUGACCGAGCUGAAGAAGGCCAUUGAGGAAGAAACCAGGAACCACGAAUCUCAGAUUCAGGAGAUGAGGCAGAGACACGCCGCGGCCCUGGAGGAUGUCUCAGAGCAGCUGGAGCAGGCUAAGAGGUUCAAGGCAAACCUGGAGAAGAACAAGCAGACCCUGGAGAGCGAUAACAAGGAGAUGUUGGUGGAGGUGAAGGGGCUGCAGCAGGCCAAGGCAGAGUCUGAGCACAAGAGGAAGAAGCUGGAGGGGCAGGUGCAGGAGUUCACAGCCAGGAUCACCGAGGGGGAGAGAGCCAGGAACGAGCUGGCUGAGAAGACUCACAAGCUGCAGAGUGAGCUGGACAAUGUCUCCGCCUUACUGGAGGAGGCAGAGAGGAAGGGCAUUAAACUGGCAAAGGACUCUGCCAGUGUGGAGUCCCAGCUCCAGGAUACACAGGAGCUGCUGCAGGAGGAGACCCGUCAGAAACUGAACCUGAGCAGCCGCGUCCGUCAGCUGGAGGAGGAGAAGAACAGCCUGCAGGAGCAGCAGGAAGAGGAGGAGGAGGCACGCAGGAACCUGGAGAAGCAGCUUGCAUCCCUGCAGGCUCAGCUGACGGAAACCAAGAAGAAGUUGGAGGAGGACGGGGGCGCCAUGGAGGGUCUGGAGGAGGUGAAGAAGAAGCUGCAGAAGGACAUGGAGAGCGUCAGCCAGAGGCUGGAGGAGAAGAGCAUGGCCUUCGACAAGAUGGAGAAGACCAAGAACCGGCUGCAGCAGGAGCUGGAAGACCUCAUGGUGGACCUGGACCACCAGCGCCAGAUCGUCUCCAACCUGGAGAAGAAACAGAAGAAGUUUGACCAGAUGCUGGCGGAGGAGAAGAACAUCUCUGCUCGCUACGCUGAUGAGCGGGACCGCGCAGAAGCCGAGGCCAGGGAGAAGGAGACCAAGGCCCUGGCUUUGACCCGCGCCUUGGACGAGGCUCUGGAGGCCAAGGAGGAGUUCGAGAGGCUCAACAAGCAGCUCCGCACGGAGAUGGAGGACCUCAUGAGCUCCAAGGAUGACGUCGGGAAGAGUGUCCACGAGCUGGAGAAGUCCAAGCGCACUCUGGACCAACAGGUGGAGGAGAUGCGCACGCAGCUGGAGGAGCUGGAAGAUGAGCUGCAGGCCACAGAGGAUGCCAAGCUGAGACUGGAGGUCAACAUGCAGGCCAUGAAGGCUCAGUUCGAGAGGGACCUGCAGGCACGCGAUGAGCAGAACGAGGAGAAGAGGAGGAUGCUGGUCAAGCAGGUGCGAGAGAUGGAGGCUGAGCUGGAGGACGAGCGCAAGCAGAGAGCCCUGGCCGUGGCUGCCAAGAAGAAGCUGGAGAUGGACCUGAAGGACAUGGAGGCUCAGAUCGAGGCGUCCAACAAGGCUCGCGACGAAGCCAUCAAGCAGCUGCGCAAACUGCAGGCACAGAUGAAGGAUUAUCAGCGAGAGCUGGAGGAGGCACGUUCCUCGAGAGACGAGAUCUUCGCUCAGUCCAAGGAGAAUGAGAAGAAGCUGAAGAGCUUGGAGGCGGAAAUCCUCCAACUGCAAGAGGACCUGGCUGCUUCAGAGAGAGGGCGGCGCCAUGCUGAGCAGGAGAGAGACGAGCUGGCUGACGAGAUCUCCAACAGCGCCUCUGGAAAGUCAGCUCUGCUGGAUGAGAAGAGGAGGCUAGAGGCUCGCAUUGCCCAGCUUGAGGAGGAGCUGGAAGAGGAGCAGAGCAACAUGGAGCUGCUCAACGACCGCUUCCGCAAGACCACCAUACAGUUGGACUCCCUGAACACAGAGCUGGCAGGCGAGCGCAGCGCGGCUCAGAAGAGUGAGAAUGCACGUCAGCAGCUGGAGCGGCAGAACAAGGAGCUGAAGGCCAAGCUGCAGGAGCUGGAGGGCUCGGUCAAGUCCAAGUUCAAGGCCACCAUCACCGCCCUGGAGACCAAGAUCGCACAGCUGGAGGAGCAGCUGGAGCAGGAGGCCAAGGAGAGAGCUGCAGCCAACAAGCUGGUGCGUCGCACAGAGAAGAAACUGAAGGAGGUGUUCAUGCAGGUGGAGGAUGAGCGUCGACACGCUGACCAGUACAAAGAACAGAUGGAGAAGGCGAACUCGCGAAUGAAACAGCUGAAGAGGCAGCUGGAGGAGGCAGAGGAGGAGGCGACGAGGGCCAACGCCUCCCGACGCAAACUGCAGCGUGAGCUGGACGACGCGACCGAGGCGAGCGAGGGGCUGAGCCGUGAGGUCAACACACUCAAGAACCGCCUCAGACGAGGUGGACCCAUCACCUUCUCCACCAGCCGCUCCGGCCGGCGGCAGCUCCAGAUCGAGGGCGCCUCCCUGGAUCUCUCGGACGACGACGCAGACGGGAAAGCCAGCGAGCUGAACGAGAUACAGGCCGCCCAGGCAGAAUAGAGCCUGAGCCCCGAGCCAGUCUGCAUGCAAGCACCCUGCAGUCCUCCCCUGACUCAACAUGAGGGACAUUCAGCAGAUACAACCUGUCCGCCAAAUUGCCUUUGCAAUCUGCAAGGCUACUGAAAUCAUUGACGUGUUGCGUCUUAAUAACUUUCUAUAGCCUUGGCAUAUUGUACUCUUGCUUAAAAAUAUAGGUACAAGAAAGUGCAUUUUAUUUGUAUGCAUUGUUAAAAUUAUAUAUAUAUAUAUAUAUAUAUAGAUAUAUAUAUUAUAUAUAUAUAUAUAUAUAGAUUUAAAAAAUAUUCAGUGUAAAGCCAUUUUCUAGAGCAUUAACACUAAAGAAAUAAGCACUCUUGUUAGAAGGUAUUCAUUCAUUCCCAGAGAUUUCUUAGCAAAGAUCGUUAUGCAUGCCACUUUUUCAGUUUGCUUCAAAAAUAAAAUAAAAAAGAUGAUGAUUUUGUAAUGUGGCACUUGGACCUGUACUGAGUCUGAAACCAUUUCUUAAUUCUGUAAGAAAAUGUAACAGCUUAAACUAGAAACACAGUAUGCAUUCUUCACCUGUGGAUUAACUCAUGAAGCAGCAAUGGUAUUUGUAACCUAUUACGUUAAUAAUAGAGAAAAAUGGGUGCGUUUUUAAGGUAGCAGUGUUACUGUAGCAUUUGUUUGGCAGGCAGUAAUUUUAAGCUUUAGUAAUAGCAGUAUUUAAAUGAUAAGGAAGACCUGUGAUACAAGAGAAAACCUGCACACAGCUUUAGUAGUGUCUGUAUGCAAGCUGCUUGCUGUGGCAUUUUAAUACAUUUCAGACUGGUCUGCACUUGCAAAUUAAUGUCAGUUCAUCACUCUGUUUCACCAAGUCAUUUAUAUGGCACACAGAAGGCAUGAAUUAAGGACUCCUUAUUUCCUUCUUACCUUAACUGAAGUUUGAUUGCCUUUUGCUGUCCCUUUUUUUUUUAACCUCUUUGUUCACUACUCUGACUACAACACUACAUCGCCUCCACAAAUUUAAGAUGCUUAGUACUUUAUAAUUCCAGUUCUACAGUAUUUUCUCUACAUUGAAAGAAAUACACUAGUGAAUGUGAAGUUUUGAACGCCUAGGGAGAAGGUUGUUUUAAAGUUAAAUAUGGUGCCAUUAUUUGCUUAACAGUGUUAGUACUGCAUAUCUGCAGUGUUAGCAAGCCUGCACCUGCAUGUCCAGCCACUUUUUUUUUAGUUUCAUUUUAAAAAAAUGAAAGUAAGGUUUCAAGCACUGUUAGCAUAUAAUUAAACCAAUGUUUCUUUAAAAAGUGCCUGAGAAAGCAUUACUAGUGAGAAUCUUCAUAUACAAAUAUACACGUAUAUCUAACAUUGCAACAACUACAAAUGUGUAACAAGUUUAAACCUGUUUUAAUUGUAUUACUUUUCGCUGUGCUUUCAUAUGUUAUAUGUGGUAUGUACCUCUCCUGUUCCAGCAGUAGAGGUAUUAAGUGGUUAUGAAUCAGUGUUAGUAACUGAAAAGUUGAGCCUUCUGCCACAUGCAGGAAGUGUUGUGAUUUCAUUUGGUUAAAAGCUUUAACAUCUGUGACAUACAGUAGUUAAAUUGUUGAACUGACUGUUGACAACCAGGCAUUCGGCUGCAGAGAUCUCCUUUUAUUUCUUGUA